GACAGAUUAGCAGCUGACAGAGAUUAAGUGGGAGUUGCUUAUUGUUUAAAGACCAGCUGCGUCAGACGAUGCGUUUUCGAUGACGUUUUUCAUAUACUUUUUAGAUAGAGUUUUAUUACGCAUCGUUUUUGACACAUGAAAAAUUAGUCUCUCUCGUGUCAUUUAUUCCUGUGAUACGGAAUAAAACGUGUACAUUAUAUUAAAUCAACAGACGAGAUGCUUUCAUACACCAUAUUUGUGAUUCUAUCAUUUAUCUCCACUGCAUUCGGAUAUGUGAUACAUUAUCAGCCAGAAGCUGUACAUCUUUCUUAUGGUGAUAAAAUUCAUGACAUUGUUGUCACUUGGAGCACAAAAAGCGAUACAAAAGAGUCAAUAGUAGAAUAUGGUAUAGGUGGAUUUGUUUUGCGAGCUGAAGGAAAUUCUACUCUUUUUAUCGAUGGCGGAAAGAAAAAACAGAAACAGUACAUUCACAAAGUAUGGCUAAAAAAUUUAACGCCCAACAGCAAAUAUAUAUAUCAUUGCGGCAGCCACUAUGGAUGGUCAAAUGUAUUUUAUAUGAGAACUGCGCCCAAAGACUCCACAGAUUGGUCGCCGCAAAUAGUUAUCUUUGGUGAUAUGGGUAAUGAGAAUGCACAGAGUUUAUCGCGCUUGCAGGAAGAGACAGAACGUGGUUUAUACGAUGCUGCUAUUCAUGUUGGCGAUUUUGCUUACGAUAUGCACAGUGACGAUGCACGCGUAGGUGAUGAAUUUAUGCGGCAAAUUGAAUCUGUUGCUGCUUAUAUACCAUAUAUGACUGUGCCUGGGAAUCAUGAAGAGAAAUAUAAUUUCAGCAAUUAUAGGGCUCGUUUCACGAUGCCAGGUGAUUCGGAAGGCUUGUGGUAUAGCUUCGAUGUAGGUCCUGUACAUUUCGUAGCUAUAGAAACUGAAGCUUAUUAUUUCAUGAAUUAUGGUAUAAAACAAUUGAUUAAACAAUACGAAUGGUUGGACAAUGAUCUAAGAGAAGCAAAUAAACCUGAGGCAAGGGCUCGCAGACCUUGGAUAGUAGUAUUCGGACAUAGACCAAUGUAUUGCAGUAAUGCAAAUGCGGACGAUUGCACUAAUCAUCAAAGUCUGAUUAGAGUCGGAUUGCCAUUUUUAAAUUGGUUUGGAUUGGAGGACCUGUUUUUCAAAUAUAAAGUAGAUUUGGAAAUCUGGGCACACGAACACAGUUAUGAAAGAAUGUGGCCCAUGUACAACUUUCAAGUAUAUAAUGGUAGUUACGAAGAACCAUAUAAAAAUUACAAAGCACCUGUGCAUAUAAUUACUGGAUCAGCUGGUUGCAAAGAAGGACGAGAGAAAUUUGUUCCCGAUCAACCAGCAUGGUCCGCAUAUCGCAGCUCGGAUUAUGGAUAUACAAGAAUGAAAGCGUUCAAUAAAACUCAUUUGUAUCUAGAACAGGUAUCCGAUGAUAAAGAAGGUGCUGUUCUAGAUAGAGUUUGGCUCGUGAAAGAGAAUCUUUUCCCACAAUACGUAAAAGUUUUUCCUUUAGAAUAAUAUAAAUAUGAUUUUAAUUAUUUUAGCCAUAUGUGACAAGAUAGAAGACACAGACAUGAAUAUAUUAAAAAAAUUUUUCAAGCAAAAUUGUUAAUAAAAUUUUUCUUUCACUUUGA